UAUCACGUGUCUCAGUUUUUCACUUCACAUCUUCUAGCUUUAAGAAAUGUACUGUUAUUUUCUCAAUUAUAAAAAGUGAUUUCCCGGGAACUGUAAAGCAUCGCGUCUGCUGAGGAAUGUCUCAGUAUUCGGAGUUUACAGUGAGAGUUUGUGAUUGCGCGAGAGAUCUGUCACUCACGUCGCGUGGAUAAAGCGGAGGAAAAAAAAGAAAGAAAAAAAAAUAGUUACAAGAUGGCGACCAACAACUGCCUGAACACUGGAAAACAAUAGAGACAGCGCAGCAGGGCAGAGUUUAUUUCUUUACCGUUUGCUUUUUCUUUUUCGUGUCGAGUCAAACCGGGGGGCAGUAGUUUGUUGUGUGUACUUAAGACUUCUGAAGCAAAUUUGGAAGAAAGUGAGUUUAUAAUGCUUUGUUUGAGGGCUAGUUAGCAAGCAGGCUAAGCUACAUCCGUAGCUGUAAUGUAACUGAGAGGAUCAGCUGUUAGCCGCUCUGCUACUUUAAAAGUUACUUUUACUAGUAAAACUCACGCGUAACUCUCCAAGUUGGUGUUUUUGGACUAAUGGAUGUAAUGUAUACGCUUUUAUCCAUCACUUUCUAACCUUUCGUCGAUAGGUUUUUAUCCUGAAGUACGUCUUUUGUCAAACUUCAGCUGUGAGGAGAAAAAAAUUGCACAUUUAUUUUUAAUUUGUUGCUAAACGUUUCGCGACAAGAUAGAAAAAUCGCUUUAACGUGUUGUAAGCGCAAGUAUAAGCCGGAGGUAAAUAUUUAAAAGGGUUCGAUGUUUUCAAAAAUAGUUUCCUGAAGUGAAAGUUUUGAAUCCUCUUAAACUUUUCUCUAAAUUAUUUACGUGUCUAAACAAAUGUAACUUAUAUGACGAAUAAGUCGUUAACGGUUUCAUUCAUUAAACUGUAGUUUGUGCUUCUUUCUGGUUUGUGUCAGGACUCCCGGCUUGAAUAGACAGUUACAUAAGAAACAUCGUUCCGUGAUUUUUGAGCGGUCGUUCGCGUAAAAGGAAACUUUGAUUGGAGUUUUUGCGUUUCGACUCUUUUCUGACUAUAAGCGCACACAUCUGAACUAUGUGCCAUUUCUUUUGUUGUAUAAGGAGGCAGAUAGUGAUAAAAAUGGAGGCAGUUGAGAGUGUUUUGUAAAGACGCAGACGCACGCAAACACUCGGAAACAGCACGAUCUGUCCUGAGAGUUGUGCUGGUAUCCGGAGACUCGAGUGAGUUUAUAAACACGCUGUUGUUCUGGAUGAUGGCGGAUUUCGUGGUGCCGCGGCACAGCGCGGUGAUGGAGCGGCUGCGGCGGCGGAUCGAGCUCUUCCGGCGGCAUCACAACGGCUGUGAGGACCGCUAUGACAGCACGGCCAUGGAGCGGCUGGAGAUGGAGAGACAGCAGACGUUCGCGCUGCAUCAGCGCUGCCUGCAGACCAAGGCCAAGCGCUCGAACAAGCACAGACAGCCGCCAGCGGCGGCGAGCGCGGACCCGGCGGGGCAGAGAGGGACGGGCGGCGGGGGCACCAGCGCGGAGCUGGGGGACGGAGGGAGCGGGACGCCCGGGGAGCAGAGCAGAAACAGCACGCUGAUCGCGUUACAGGAGACUGUCAAGAGGAAGUUGGAGAAUGCUGGUUCUCCCCUCGGCCGUGACCAGGUCAACGGUUUCACCGAUGGCUACCCGCCCAAUAAAAAAGCCUGUGUUGAGGAUGCAUUGGGGGGUCUUAAUGGGGUCUCAAAUGGCAUAGUGCCUCCUCGCUCACCUAUGGACUCCAAACAUAACGUGAGUACCGAUGCCAUGAUGGCCAAUGGGAACCACAGAGCGGUUGGUGCAGAGCACAAUGGAACGAGUCUAACUGAUAGCGGUGCAUCACAUGGCACAGAGUCCGAUUUUCUCCUGAAAGAAAUGAAGCAGGAGCCGGUGGACGAUAUCUUGCCCUGCAUACUGCCUGGGGGAGGUGGGAAUGGAAACCACAACCUCUUCCCUGACCUCAACCUCAACGAUCAGGACUGGAGUGAGAUCAUGGAGGAGUUCAACCGCUCCGUACCCUACGAAGACAUCCAGGAGCUCUUCAGUGACAGUUUUGGAGAUCGCAAGGACCCCGAGCUCACGUCCGCCGGUGCAGCUCAGAGCUUGAUGCCGCCAGAUCUGGUCAGCGUGAAGACUGAAUUUUCCCCCGCUACGGCUCCCUCUGCCUUCGAUCAGGACUCUUGCAAUGGUUCACCUCAGGUGAGACCCACCUCGUCUGGGCCUCCGCUUCACACCAACUCCCCUGCAACGGCUCCGGCCACAUCGCCGGCCCUGCAGCAGCAGCCCAUCCAGCCCACCAGAAUCACGCGAAAUCACCUGCUGCCCGCUCCACCCAAAGACCUGUCCCCCGCACAGCAACUGCAGCAGUUAGCAGUACGUGAGCAGCAGAGGGCAAUAUUACAAAGCCAACAGCAGCAGCACGUGGUUCAGAAGCCGCCACAGCAAAAACCGCAGCAACAGCAAGCAGCGAAAUUCCACCAGCAGCCCAACCCCUCAACAUCUUGGCCCCAAAAUGCUCCCACCCAAAGUCAAAUGGGCGGAACCUUUGGCCUUGAGAAGUCCACCAGCCCUUCUUUGUACCCGCAAGACUUCCCCAACCCCAAGACCCUGCUCAUGCCCAACAAGGGUUCUCCCAAAGCAGGCGCUCCAGCCGGGUACAUGCAGCCUGGUGGGCACGCCAACAUGUUAAGUCACCCAGCCGCGCCCACGGGGCCCCUCAGCCACCCACCCAACCCAGGAGCCCAGGCGGCCAUGUUGAACUACAGUAACACUAAACCCCUAUCCCAUUAUGAGGCUGGAGCACCAGGUGCACCCAGAGGCCCUCCGGCCGCACAGAACCAGAACAAACAGAGCCAGGCCAUCCUGAACCUGAUGCGACAACAGCAGAUGCAGAAGCAGAGGCCGACCAGCAUGAACUUCAGACCAGUACACCACCAGCAUGCUGCGGAUUCGGGGUCCUACCCCUCCGCAGCUCAUGUUCCCGGCCCGGGCAACACUAUGACACCACAGCAGAGCAGCAACAGCAUCCCAGCUAACCAUGGGAGCGCGGCCUACAUGAAGCAGCAGCAGCAGAUGCAGUUGAUGAGUCAGCAGAAGCAGUUCCUCCAGAGACAGAUGAUGGCCGAACAGGUGAGGCAGCGGCAGCAGCAGGAACAGCAGCUGCAGAGGCAUCUGACCCGUCCACCGCCUCAGUACCAGGACCAACAGAACCCGCAGGCUCAGCAGAACCCAUUCCAGCAGCAGCAGGUCUCUCAGUUCACUGGUGUGCCGCCCUGCCUGGCCCAGCAGCACUCCUCAGGCUUCAGCGAACACACCAUCUCCGGUGCAUCUCAGUCAAUAGGGAAUGUCAACUCUCUCAGUGGCCCCACCCCUGGAACACAACGGAUGUUCUCUCAGACACAAGGCAUGAUGGGAUUGGGGGUGGGACAGAAUACUGGCCCAACCACUGGUCCCCCUCCAACCGCCAGUCAAGCAGACAUGAACCUCCCAUCCUGUGCAGGCGGUCUCGACGUGCAACAAGUCAUCUACGGCAACAUGCCCAUGCAUCCCUCCCACCCCAACCAGCAGAGACCGUCAGUGUCCUCCAUGUCUGCUGCUUACCGCCAAAAUGUUCUGGCAGCCCAGCAACAAGCACACUUGAAAAACCAACCCAAUGCUGCUAUGUUGAAACAACAACAACAGCAGCAGCAGCCCCCCAUUACCAACAACAGCAUGCCCAAUGCCAUGGCUAAUAACAUGGGCUCCGCUAUGCCCACCUCCAUGCCAAACAGUAUCCAGGGUGCCUUGCCUUCACAGGCCCAGUCAUGGCAGCAACAGCAGCCCCAGCAGCAUCCAGGUCUCCAACCUGGCUCUGCUAACGGAGGCAUGCCAGCAGGUUUCCCCAACUCUGGCUUCCACAUGCAGCCAAGAUUGUCCAAACUUUCCAACAACACCCCGUUUCCCCAGAGUGGCAUGGGAAACAGUGCAGCUGGUAGGACCCUGGCAGGAAUGAAUCCUGGACAGAUGUUGCCCAACAUGAACCAGCAACGGACCAAUAACCCAGGCAUGUCCCAGCAGCUGCCCCCUCCUGGCCAGCAGACGGUCCAGCAGGGGCAGCCACAAGCGCCGCCUCAAACUCAGCAGGUUUUGCCUGACUUGGGGCCCUUCAGUCAGCCACAAGCCGGACCCAACCGCACCACAGGACUUCAGUGCAGUCAGGCCUAUCAGCUGAACAGGACAGCCAAUCAGCAGCUCCAGUUUAGCUAUAACGCCCAAUCGGGAGGCAGCUUGUCCGGGUUUCCUGCCGAGACGGACCUGGUGGAUUCUCUUUUAAAACAUCCAUUGACACAAGAGUGGAUGGAUGAUCUAGACGAGCUGUUGGCCAGUCACCAGUGAGUGAUGGCCAUGGGCCAAUAACAGCCAAUGCUGGUGCCUUUGUUAGAGGAGAAAACACAAACGUCCACUUUUGGAUGUUCUCGGAGAUGGUGAAACUUUUCAUAUCACGAUCAGAUCUGCUGUGUUCUCUUUUGAGUAUGUAUAUGGUGUAUAUAAAAACAGGUCAAGAAGAGCACAGAGCCUGUUUCACUGAAGUAUUCUCUGGACUGGAAAUUUCAAAGAGGGAAAUGCUCUACUACUGAACCUGUGGCUCAGUAAAACCACUGAAUUUUCUUAUAAGUGUGCGCUCAAACACAAGUUGAGCCAUUCACACGGUUGUGUUGCCUAUGUGUUCGCUGUAGGCAUGAGGAGAGUCUGUUCAACGUCAGGAGUGUCUUGACAUGCUUCCACAGGCCUUAAAUUUGCACUCUUGAAGAUGCACAAUAUGUGGUUUACAGUAAAGCAGUAGUUAACCCAAAAAUAAGCAUAUUUGAAUCAUUUACUAACCAUGUAGGUCCAAGCCCAUAUGACUUUGCUUCACAAGGGAUGUCCAGUAAAGCUCCUGGAGGGUCACCUUCCAGCAGAGUUUAACCCCAACCCAGAUUUAACACCUGAACCAGCUAAUCAAUUCUACAGGAUCCCUAGGAAAUAGAGAAAUGGGGAAAUGCCGUUUGACAUUUACCGUUGGCAUAACGGUCAACAUGGAUCAUGUGUGCCUUGAUAAACACUCACAUCAUAUCCUUGACAUCACUGAAUUGCAGUCAUAGAUGUACGGAGGUCAGUAACAAAUGGUGGAUACCAUAGAAAUUGAAUAAUAAAAAAAUGAUUACAAAUUCCAAAAUGGUUGUUUAAUGGCAAACAUGUUGAUUCAUAUAGUAAUAAGCUGCUCCUCACAAAAGCAGUUCAUUCAGAGUACACACAGACAUGCAUUCAAAAUCAAAUGUGGACCGUGGCCCUCCAGAGCAAGAUCAGACCUCUGCUUUUAGAUGUUUAUCAGAAAACUGACCGUGUAUGUAUUAUCAUUCUUCAGAUUGUCUCAUUUGUAUGUUCCACUAAAGAUGGAACGACAUGAGGGAAUAAAGGAUGACAAUUUUAGUUGAACUGUUACUUUAAGUUCCAUGUGGUGUAUGUUCAUUGGUUAGUUUCUCAUUGACUACAUUUAGGAAGUAGAUGCUUUUUGGUUUGUUUAAUCAGGCCAUGACCGCUUGAAAGAGUGUAGCUGAGACUUAUAAUGAGGAGGAUGAACUGAACUCUACAGUGCUCCAGUGAAAGUAGGUUGCGUCAUUACACUUUCAUGUUACACUACACUAAGUUGCUUGUUGUUGUUGUUUUUUUUGUUUGUUUUUUCUGAAAAGCCCAGAGCUUCUGUGUUGGUGAGAGGGUUAAUAGUCCUGUAUGUUUUCUCCCUCUGGUGUCUGAUGUUACAUUGAGUCUGAACCGUGUUACAAACUCUCUCCAUCUGAGAUUCUGUGACAGGAUUUCAUGUAUAUUUAUAUAUUUUUUUGUAUGUAUGCCGUUUCUAUUGAUCAGGAGAAGAUAGAUCUUAUUUUUAUAUGUACAUUGUUGCAAAAUUUUGUAUUUUAUACUUUUUAUUAUUUUUCUCUGUCAAACAAGAGUAUUGUGUAAAUAUAGUUCUCUAGAAACGGUCUUGUUUGGUGAGUUUAUUUGGCAUUUUAUUAAUGUCAUCUUGGG